UAACUUGACAGCGCGCAAGAGGAGUCUAUAAAUUGAGGAGCCCAUGAGCGCUCCUCAGUCAGAGCGGGAAGUAUAUCUAAUGCCUGAGGAUCUAACUUUUUGCCAUCAUAAAACGGAUUACAUUUUGCGAAAAAAGAUCCAAACAGGUAACCACACUUUGUGAUCAGAGUGGGACAACUGAUUUUGCUCCAUUGAGAGACUGAACUUCCCAGUUAUCCUUCUGCUCCGAUACAGUUAUGGUGGGUAUUAAACCUACAGACCUAGCACCAACAGCUACGGUCAAAUUCUUUGGUGCCGGCAUGGCAGGAUGCAUUGCUGAUCUGGUCACAUUUCCUUUGGAUACAGCUAAAGUCAGACUACAGAUUCAAGGAGAGUCGGUAGUGCAGGGGGCCCAUGUGGUGAAAUAUCAGGGGGUGUUUGGCACCAUCACCACCAUGGUGCGCACUGAAGGGGCCAGGAGCCUCUACAACGGCCUGGUGGCCGGACUACAGAGACAGAUGAGCUUUGCCUCUGUCCGCAUCGGCCUCUAUGACUCGAUGAAGCAGUUCUACAGCCGCGGCUCUGAGAAUGCUAGUAUAGUUGCUCGGCUCAUGGCCGGCUGCACCACUGGAGCCAUGGCUGUGGCGUUCGCUCAGCCCACCGAUGUGGUCAAAGUACGGUUUCAGGCUGAGGUUCGCAUGGCCGACGGUGUGAGGAGGUACAAUGGCACCAUGGAUGCCUACCGGACCAUCGCCCGCGAUGAAGGAGUGCGUGGCCUUUGGAAAGGUUGCAUGCCUAACAUCACACGCAAUGCUCUUGUGAACUGUACGGAGCUGGUAACCUAUGACCUUAUCAAGGAACUUAUACUGAAGUAUGACCUAAUGACAGAUAACCUACCAUGUCACUUCACGGCUGCGAUCGGAGCAGGUUUCUGCACGACUAUUGUGGCGUCCCCAGUAGAUGUGGUCAAGACCCGGUUCAUGAAUUCAGCUGCAGGACAGUAUAACAGCGCCAUGAAGUGUGCGAUCACCAUGAUGACCAAGGAGGGGCCCAAAGCCUUCUAUAAAGGAUUCGUGCCUUCCUUCCUGCGACUGGGGUCCUGGAACAUUGUGAUGUUUGUGUCGUAUGAGCAGAUUAAACGGGCUAUGAUGAGAGCACAUCAAUCCUGGGAGUCACCAUUCUGAUCCAUGUCCUCAGUUUUAGCUGAUGUUUCUAUGUUUCUAUUGGACAAAGUCGUGCCGGCAUGGCUGAAUAAGUUGUCUCACAAGGUUUACAAUGCCUCCGGUACUCCUUAAUGCCUCCUUUAAAAAUCCAGCAGUGGUCUUUGCCUAGCCUGAGAUGGAACGGAUUAUGAAGUACGUAACGUGGAAAUGCAAAGGGCCUCAGGAUGGUAUUUAGCACCUGACUGCAGUUCCAGGGCCUGCACACACAGGAUGGAGAAAGGAGAAGACAUCAGGUCUGGGAACAAAUGGCUCUUUUUAGUGUCCGAAAGUGUUUCUUAUAUUCUUCCAUUUAUUUCCAAUGACUGUGUAAAAGCAAUGUUUACAGGUAUUUGUGCUGCUUCAAUUUUGUAGCUUAUCUUUUUAUGUAUCUCUUUGUUUACAUGAAAUGUUCUCAUUAAGAUGAGAGCGCUUGGUGCAUCACUGGUUGAUCAUCACAGGGCUGAAAUCUAUUUUGUAAUGCCAUACAUUGUCUUUACCCAAAACAAAUAUUGUAUAUGCCAAAAGCUGCAACUUUUCAACUCUGUUGUCAUGUUUCUGUUAAACAAAAAAGGACUAAAAACAAACGAGAAGGAGUGUGUUGCUGAUUUGUUUUAAGGCCUAAUGAUUACCGAUGUGCUGGAGAGGUGGUCAGAGAUUACUAGUUCAAUUGCAUUUUCCAUCAGAGUUAUUUGUUUCACCAGCUUCUACUAUAUCUUCUACUAAAACGACUUUUCAAAGAUGGAUCGUCCCAAAAUCUUUGGCCCAAGGGCAUCUGAACUAGUUAGGGCACAGGCACAGUACCAUCUACAGGCCAGUUGACCAUGCUCAAAAACCUUAACCUGAAAUAUUAACAUAUUUUGCUGGGAUGUACACAUAGGGAUCUCAACUGAUCCUAAUAGGUGUUUUAUCUCGUCGGAUAUCUAGCUAAGCAAACUGAUCACAUUAUUAAUCAACUUGGUGAAGACAGCCUACCGGCAUGUUCAGAGAUAAGCCAUACCACGG